GCCGCCCGCGGGUCGCGGUCCCGCCGGGUCCCCGCUGCCCCCGUGGGUCGGCGUCACUAUUUUCAUUUUCCAGAAAAUGAAACCGAAGCGGGCCGGGGUCACGUGGCGGCGGCGGGCGCGGGCUUAAAGCGCGGCGCGCGCCCGGGCGCCCGCAGCCCCGGCCGGCAUGGAGUGCCGCUCGUGCCGGCGCGGCGUCGGCGACCGCGACAAGUUCUGCAGCCAGUGCGGGGCCAGGCUGCUGCCCGCGGGCCCCGCCGCAGAUCCUGAGAACGACCUCCCUGGGGUGGCCCCUGCCCCUGCCCCACAGGGAGGCUUGGAGCCCGGAGAAGCCCUCAGGGUGGACGAGAACCAGAACCUGCCCCGAAGCUCCGGGGAUUGGCAAGAGAAUCCUGAGGAGCCCAGUGCUGAUGCCUCCUGGACUGUCGUCCAAAGUAAGAAGAGGAGGAGGAAGAACAAGUGCUCCACUUCCUCGGAGCCAGACUCCUUCCCCUCAGCCCCCUCCAGUCUCUCGAGUGUAUCUGUGGCUGCUGACCCUGGGUCUCAGGCCCCAGGCCUGUCCCAGAGCCAUGUCCGGCAGGACGGUCCACGCGGCCAGCCCGCAGACGCAGGGCCGGAGGGAGCGGGCCCCGCCCAGCCGGCUGAGCAGGGCAGCCGCCCCCUUCAGGCUCAGGCGGGGGGAGAGCCAGCUGGCACCGUGGGAGAGAAGGCUCCCAGCAGCCCCGUGCCCCACCACGCAGAACGGGGGGACCGUGAACCCUCCAUGACCUCUGCCGACACCGGCCUCCCCCAAGAGGGGCUCGGCGCAGCCUCCGCUGCCGGCCAGGGCUGCCCCAAGGCCACAGGAGCCUCAGCCUCGGGGCUGCCUGGUGCCACAGCAGAGCCAGCCCAUCCAGCCAGUGAGGCCCGACGAGAGCGGGAAGACAAGGCUCCGAACACAGAGCAGCUGCCCGACGGCGCCCCUGCUGCCAAGGAGGUGGGCCAGGAAGCUGAGACCAAGGGCAAGUUGGCUGUUCCUGGGGAAAUGGGUGAAAGCAGGAGUGGGAAGCCAGAAGAAGGGAAGAAAGCAGAGGGAAAGAGGCCGGAAGAAGGGAAGAAAGCAGAGGAGAAGAAGCAGGAAGAAGGGAAGAAAGCAGAGGAGAAGAAGCAGGAAGAAGGGAAGAAAGCAGAGGGGAAGAGGCCGGAAGAAGGGAAGAAAGCAGAGGAGAAGAAGCAGGAAGAAGGGAAGAAAGCAGAGGGGAAGAAGCAGGAAGAAGGGAAAAAAGCAGAGGAGAGGAAGCUGGAGGAGAACAACAGAAAUUAUGCAGCUGCUGUGAAAAACGAGAAGGAGCAGAGAAACCAGACCACCGCAGUCCAAAAGGCUUUGGCCAGCACCCUGAGCCCCGGAGAAGGUGUCAUGGUGUACUUCCAUGCUAUUCUUUCCAAUCACUUCGCCUUCAAGCCCGACGUGCACAAAGUGUUUGUUAGAGGAGGAGAGAAGCUGGGGAAGCCAGCGUGGAAGAAUGCCUGCGAGCUGCACUACACCAAGGACUUGGGUGCGAACGGGUCUCUGGUGGAGGGCAGCCUCGUCAUCCCCAGGGAGAGCCUGGGGACCCCCAUCCCGUACAAGUACGUCAUCGACCGCGGCGACCAGGCCUCUGGGGAGUACGAGUACAUCUACAAGCCUGUAAAGAAGAAGGGCCAUCACGUGAACCGCUGCCUGUGUGUGCAGCCCGCCCUCCUGGGCACAGGAGACUGGCACCAGUACGAUGACAUCGUGUGCAUGCACCCUUCGAUCGUGAAGAAGGCUAUGAACCUGGUCAUCAACCAGUCGCAGAAGGAGGUCGUGAGGGGGAAGCAGAUCGCGGCCGAGAUCAUGCUGGGCCGGGUGCUCAGCAUCCUGCAGCCCUGGAGUGCCGUCAACCUCGACAGCUUUUUCACCCAGUCCCAGCAGUUCUUCUCUGUCGUCCGAGUGCCUAUGGUGUAUGAAGAGUCCGCGCAGCCGUGGAGCUCGCUGCAGUACGACGAGAUGGAGGUGAAGGGGCAUCUGUGGCAAUGUUUGGAAAGGCAGAUGAAACCGUUUCUGGAUGAAAGGACCAAGGACUCGCUGCCCCAAGACUGUCCCGUGCGGACUAGACUCAGAAUGGGCCUGAUUGUUCUUUUCCAAGUACAAGCCAUGGACUUGACCUUGACCAAGAGUGACCUGGCCUCCCUCUGCCAGCUCCUGGUCCCCACCGCCUCUUCCCCAGCGGCCCUGCACAGCGAGCUGCAGCUCUUCCUCCACACGUCCAUGUCCCAGAGCUACAUUGAAAAAAACCCCAGCAAAGGUGAGAAGCAGCCGUACAAAGCUUCCUGUGUGCCAGGCGCCGCCCCCUGUGCGGAAGCCGCCGUGGGUGCUGGUCGCCAGGCUGCUGCGGCUUUGGAAAGGGCGCAGCCCCGGCCAGGCCGUGGGAAGCUCAGUGGCAACUCGACCUUGGUGUGUGCGUGUGCCAGUCCUGAGUCAGGCCCACGCACCUCGGCGCUCUCGAGUGUGUUUGGAGAUGACUCCAGCCAGAGCCGGUCACGGGGACACAGCGAGGGCGCAGGGCGUCCAGAGGACGGGGAGCGGGCCCAGGCAGUGGGCACUUCCUCUCUGGGCCUCACUGCCUCCUCUGCCCCCACUGAGGGGCCUCCCUUCCCUUGCAGGUGGCAACACUGGCUGCAGAAACUGUGCAACAGGUGUCUGAGAGAGAAGGUGGUCAGUGGGCUGGGCAUCCUGCCCGUCCUGCACUACGUCAUGCAGCUGACCCCGCCCCAAAGGGACAGCCUGAAUCAGCCCGAGGACUGGGCAGCCCUCAAAGGAAUCCGCUUCCCACAGCUUCCGGAAGAAGCGGAGCAUCAGAACCAUAUGCUUCAGUUCAUGGUGAACCAUAAACACUUGCUGCAGGUGGACGCGUACCUCUUCCGGUCCUGGUUCAGUUUGCUGCCUCUGGGAAAGCUGGCUUCCUACAUGGAAAACUCCGUUGAAUACUUGAGUCAGGGGCCUGCUCAAGUCUUCGACUGUUUUGUGGGGGUGCAUUACCAGCUGCGCAGACCUGGAGUGAUCACUCAGCAGAAUGUAGAGGAUGUCAAGGCUGUGUUGAACAUGCUGUUGUACCUCCUGGACAUGUAUCAGCACUCGGCUCUUGGACCGAGUUACUCCCAGUCCUACUUGACCGUGGGCCUGGAGCUCCACCUCACCAUCUGCGGCAGGACCAUGCUGCCGGAUCUCUACGAGGCGCCCGCCUUGUCUGCGCAGCUCCUUUCCGUCAUGGCCAGGCUGGUGGACCAGGCGGAGGGGGCCGAAGCCGAAGCCACCAAGGGCUUGGUGGCCCCUGUCCUCCAGGACGUGCUGAAGGCCACCCAGGUCUGGCUGCACCAAACAUUUAGACACAGAAUGUUCCAGACAUGCGGAUCCCGGGUGCAGUUCACUUACCCCAAGGAGAUAGAGGUGUGGCGGCGGCUGGUGACAAUCAACUUUCCGGUGGAGCUGGGCUGGAAGGAGUCGCUGCUGAGGGACAUGGAGGGGAGGCUCAAGCAGGAGCGUCCACGUGCCCAGAUCUCCAUCUUCUGUGACACUCGCUGGGACGACGCCCACGGCGAGGACAGCGUGGCCAGGAGCUUUGAGAAGUGCGUCGUGGAGGCCGUGAGCGCCGCGUGCCAGUCGCACACCAGCGUCCUCCAGGACCUCUCUUGUCACGAUCUGAGGAGGUUUGGAGUCCUCGCGUCUGCCGUCAUCACCAAGUCCUGGCCUAAGACUGACGGGAAGCCCACGGAGGACCCCCACGAGGUUCUGAAGCACCUGCUCACGUGGCCGGAUGUAAAGCGGCUCUUCGACUUGUACGGGACGAAUGAGAAAAUACUAGCCCACACCACAGAGGAGGGCCGGAGGCUGAUGAACGCCGCUGAAUCCGUGUUCAGAGCAGUCGUGCGUGGCCUCCAGGACGGCACUGUUGUGGUGCAGCAGCUGGAGCUGGUCCUGAAGCACAAGCAGGAGUUCCUCCACCUCUGUGACCUAAAGAGAGAGGACCCUUCAUUCCAGGAGAGCCCGUGGGGAACGCGGGAAGUGCUGCACUGGAGACGCGCCGAGCUGCGGGCUCUGGAGCGGGAGGAGCGGUGUGUGGGCAGCCUGCUGCAGCUCUGUGAGAGGCUCAGGUCCUUCCUGCACGUGGACUUUGGAGAGCUAGAAGCUCGACACCGGGAGGACCUCAGCCGCAAGAGACUGAAUGAAGUUGUGAGCGUGACUCCGCCCUCCCGCUCCUUCUCCAAGCCCAAGACUCAUUACAACCUGCAGCCCGAGAUCCAGGAGAUGGCCUCCCGAAUGGACCUGCUGAAGGACAGCCACGUCUUCCACGUGUUGUGGGAGAGCAUGGUGGAGCCGCUGAACGGCCUGGACCAGGAGCCCGAGAAGCCAGUCAUUCCGCUCAGCUCCCUGCACGAGCACCUGUUCUCGCCCUGCUAUGAGAGGUUCACCAAGCUCUACCGGGAUCUGAAGUCCGCAGACAUCACCUUCCAGGAGAUCGCAGACACCUUCAAGGACUUUGUCGGUAAAUAUGAGGAGCUGACUGCCGACCUGCGUGUCAUGUGCAUGCUGGAGCCCGAGGCCCCCGAGGACUGGAUUCCAGAGCGGGUCAGCCAGAUCAAGGAGUACCACAGCCUGCACCAGGCCGCCAGCACCGCCAGGGUCAUCUGCCAGGUCCAGAGGAACUUGGGAUUGACCGGCGACUUCAGUGUCCUCUCUACUUUGUUAAGCUUUAGCGAGGACUUUGAGACCUACCGCCGCAAGAAGCUGGCCCAGAUCAGCCGGCAGCUCAUCCACACCAAGAAGCUGCUGGCUGACAUCGGCGCCGCGCGCCGCCGCUGCCUGGAGGAGCUGUCCCUGCAGACGGAGCUGGUCGCCUGGCUGCGGGAGGCGCUGGGAGACAUCAACGGACUCAAGGUGUUUGUGGACCUGGCUUCCAUCUCGGCCGGGGAGAACGACAUUGACGUGGACCGCGUGGCCUGCUUCCAUGAUGCCGUGCAGGGCUACGCGUCCCUGCUGUACAAGCUGCACCCCGAGGCGGGCUUCCCCGAGUUCAGGGAGCUUCUGCAGGAGCUCUGGGAGGCGCUGGACAAAGACCCGCACCUGCCCCACAAGCUGAGAGAUUCUGCCCGGAACUUGGAGUGGCUGAAGACGGUGAAGGAAAGCCACGGCUCCGUGGAGCUCUCCUCCUUGUCUCUGGCCACUGCGAUCAAUAGCAGGGGAAUCUAUGUGAUCGAGGCACCCAAAGGCGACCAGAAGGUGUGCAUGGAUGCUGCGCUGCACCUGCUUCUCCCCGAGAGCCACGGCGCCACGGACGCCGCGCGAGACUACUCGCUGGAGGAGCUGAAGGAGCUUCUGAACAAGCUGAUGCUGAUGUCUGGCAAGAAGGAUAACAAGCACGUGGAAAUGGAGACGUUUUCCGAGGUGUUCUGCAGCGUUCAGCGGCUUUGCCAGGCUUUCAUCAACCUGUACUCCGCUGGAAACAUGCUCUUCAGGACCUGGACGGUAGAGAUCUACUGCAGCCCCAGGCAGGGCACCUCCAUCCGCAUGGACUUCGGCCUGGAGCAGGUGGGCCAGCUGUCAGAGAGUGGGGACGUCAUCGAGUGCCUUGAAGCCCUCUGCAGGCAGAUGGAGCACUUCCUGGACCGCUGGAUGAUGGAGGUGACCCAGAAGCGAGCAGAACACUUUUACCUCAAUUUCUACACGGCAGAGCAACUGGUCUACCUGAGCACCGAGCUCAGGAAGGGGAACCCCAGCACCGAGGCCCUGACCAUGCUGUCCUUCAUCAAAGACAGCUGCACAGCCAGCGAUGUCCUCCAGGCCACGGAGGCGAGCAUUAGCACGGCUGCCAGAGACCUCGAGGCGAAAGUGAGGAUGAGCCUUCAUCUCCUCCUCUCCUGCACGUCCUGCCUGGUGCCCAGGCUGAGGAUCAUCAUGGACAAGUCCCUAGUGUGCAUCAGUGCCUUCCUGCCUGGGUGCUUGGACCUGGAGGCCCUCGGCCACUGUCUGGCUCAGCUGGCCAGGCAGGCUGGGCCUCCCGUCCAUCGCUCCCUCCCCAGGGGCCUGUGUGUGGGCCAGCCCAACCUGGUCCUGUGUGGCUACUCAGAGGUGCUGCCUGCUGCCCUGGCCCUCUACAUGCAUGACCCACGCCAGCCCCUGCCCACCUUUGAUGAGGUGCUGGUGUGCACCCCACAGACCGAGUUCGAGGAGGUGGCCCUGCUCCUGCGCCGCUGCCUCACCCCAGGCUCCGGGGGCCGCAAGGUCUACAGCCUGCUGUUUGCCGACCAGCUCAGCUACGAGGUGGGCUGCCGGGCCGAGGCGCUCUUCCAGAGCCUGUGCUCACGCCCCCACCGCCACGAGUACCAGCUGGUCAUGGUGUGCGACAGCACGCGGGAGCACUGCUACCUCCCCUCCGCCUUCAGCCGGCACAAGGUCCUCCUCAUCCCUCAGGCUCCACUCAAGGACAUCCAGGCCUACCUGAAGCAUCAUUUCCAGGUCCCGGAGCAGACCCCGUCAGCAGCGGCAGCGUUCAAAGACGGGCUGUGUGUGGGGCUGGUGACCUCGGAGAGGGCGGGUGUCGGGAAGUCCCUCUAUGUGCAGAGGUUGCAUGGGAAACUGAGAAAGCAGUUAAAGCAUCAAAACGUGCCUUUAAAAACCAUUCGGCUGACGGAGCCUCGGGUGGAUGAGAACUACGUCCUCGGCUCCCUCCUGCCUUUCCUGGACAAGAGAUAUCAGCAGAUACCCGUGAUAUUCCACCUGGACGUGACCAGCUCCGUGCAGACUGGGAUUUGGGUGUUUCUUUUCAAACUCCUCAUUUUGCAAUACCUCAUGGACGUGAGGGGGAAGAUGUGGCUCCGGAACCCACGCCACUUAUACCUCGUGGAAAUCUCGGAGAGGAGCUCAGAGCGGCCAGUGCAGCCCUCUAAGCUGAAUUCACGUCUCCCUCCCUUCAGGUUUCUUGACGUCUUCCCCAAAGUCACCUGCCGACCUCCCAAGGAAGUGAUCAACCUGGAGCUGACUCCCGGGGAGAGGCUCGGGGAGCCGGGGAUGGAUCCGACGGCGUUCCGAAGUGAGGCUUUCCAGAGACCUUUCCAGUACUUGAAACGCUUCCAUCGAAAAGAAAACCUAGACAGCUUUGAGUACCGGAAGGGCUCCGUGGAAGGCACCCCGGGGGAGUGCCUCCAACACCUCCUCAUCUACUGUGGGGUGGUGAACCCGUCCUGGUCCGAGCUGCAGAACUUCACUCGUUUCCUGAACUGUCAGCUGGGAGACUGUGAGAACUCGCUCUUCUGCAAACUAGAUUUUGUGGGGGACACGCUGAGGGGCUUCAAAAACUUUGUGGUUACCUUCAUGAUCUGCAUGGCGAGAGAUUUUGCCACCCCCACUCUUCACACCUCCGACCAGAGCCCCGGCAGUCACCUGGUCACCAUGGACGGGGUAACGGAAGAAGACCUAGCGCCCUUCUCUCUCCGCAAGAGGUGGGAGUCAGAGCCCCACCCGUAUGUCUUCUUCAAUGGCGACCGCAUGACCAUGACCUUCAUUGGCUUCCACCUCCAGCCCAAGAAGAACGGCUUUGUGGACGCCAUCAAUCACCGCAGCGGGCAGGUGAUCAAGAGCAACGUCAUGACCACAGAGCUGUACCAGGGGCUCUUGCUUCAGAGGGUCCCCUUCAAUGUCGACUUCGAUCGCCUGCCCAGACAUGAGAAACUGGAGCGCCUCUGCCUGGCCCUGGGCAUCCCGUGGGCCACCGACCCCGAUGAGACCUAUGAGCUCACCACCGACAACAUGCUGAAGAUCCUGGCCAUCGAGAUGCGCUUCCGGUGUGGCAUCCCCGUGAUCGUCAUGGGAGAAACCGGCUGCGGGAAGACCAGGCUCAUUCGGUUCCUCAGCGACCUGAGACGCGGCGGGGUCCCUGCGGACACGUUGCAGUUAGUGAAGGUCCACGGGGGAACAACCGCAGCCACGGUCUACUCCAGAGUCCAGGAGGCGCAGGAGCUCGCCAUCGAGAACAGGGAUCGACACCAGCUGGACACCAUCUUGUUCUUUGAUGAGGCCAACACGACAGAAGCCAUUAGCUGCAUCAAGGAAGUGCUGUGCGACCAGACGGUGGGGGGGGACCCCUUGGAGAGGGAUUCCGGCCUGCAGAUCAUCGCUGCCUGCAACCCUUACCGGAAGCACUCCGAGGAGGCGAUCAGCCGCCUGGAGUCGGCCGGCUUGGGCUACCGGGUCAGGGCCGAGGAGACCGCCGAAAGGCUGGGCUCCAUCCCCCUGAGGCAGCUGGUCUACCGGGUGCACGCCCUGCCGCCGAGCCUCAUUCCCCUGGUGUGGGACUUCGGGCAGCUGAACGCCGCGGCGGAGAAGCUGUACAUCCGGCAGAUCGUCCAGAGGCUGGUGGGCCGUGUGGAGGUGGACGAGCCCCACGCCCACGUGAUCGCACGCGUGCUGGCCGCCUCUCAGGCCUUCAUGCGGAAGAGGGAGAACGAGUGUGGUUUCGUGAGCCUGCGGGACGUGGAGCGCUGCGUGAAGGUUUUCAGGUGGUUUCACCACCACAGCGCGAUGCUCUUAGCAGAGCUGAACGCCUUUCUCUGCCAGUCCGAAGUCAGCGGGGACGACUUCGACAGAAACCCCGUGCUCUGGUCUCUGGUCAUGGCCAUUGGCGUAUGCUACCACGCCUCGUUGGAAGACAAGGCGUCCUACCGGAGAGCCGUCUGUCCCUGCUUCCCGGAGCCGUACAACGACAGCACGGUCAUCCUGGAGGAGAUCACUCGCACGCAGGACCUUUUUCUGAACGGGGUACCCCUCAGGAAAACCAUCGCCAAGAACCUGGCCCUGAAGGAGAAUGUCUUCAUGAUGAUCGUCUGCAUUGAGCUCCGGAUCCCACUCUUCCUCGUGGGGAAGCCGGGCAGCUCCAAGUCUCUCGCCAAGACCAUCGUGGCAGACGCCAUGCAGGGCCAGGCCGCCCACUCCAGCCUGUUCCGCAGGCUGAAGCAGGUCCACCUGGUGUCCUUCCAGUGCAGCCCCCACUCCACCCCCCAGGGCAUCAUCGGCACCUUCAGGCAGUGUGCCCGCUUCCAGCAGGGCAAGGACCUGCAGCGCUACGUCUCGGUGGUGGUGCUGGACGAGGUGGGGCUGGCGGAGGACUCCCCCCGGAUGCCCCUGAAGACGCUGCACCCCCUGCUGGAGGACGGCUGCAUCGAAGACGACCCGUCCCCCCACAAGAAAGUCGGCUUCAUUGGCAUUUCCAACUGGGCCCUGGACCCUGCCAAGAUGAACCGUGGGAUCUUCGUGUCCCGGGGUCGUCCCAACGAGCAGGAGCUCCUGGAAAGCGCCAGGGGCAUCUGCUCUUCCGACGCCAUGGUUCAGCGCAGAGUCGAGGUGUACUUCGUGCCCUUCGCCAGGGCCUACGAAGCGGUGUGCCGGAGACAGGACAAGGAGUUCUUCGGGCUCCGCGACUACUACAGCCUCAUCAAGAUGGUCUUCGCCUGGGCCAGGGCCUCCGACCGCAAGCCUGCCCCGCAGGGCAUCGCCCACGCCGUCCUUCGCAACUUCAGCGGCAAAGACGACAUCCCGGCCCUGGACAUUUUCAUGGCCAGCCUCCCCGAGGCCAGGUACGCCGACAGAGUCAGCACUCUGGAGCUGAUCCGGCAGAACGUGUACGGGGCCCCGGGGAGCGCGCCCGGCGAGGGCCCGGAGGAGGCCGAGUGCCGCUACCUCCUCGUGCUCACCAAGAACUACGCGGCCCUGCCCGUCCUGCAGCAGAUGCUGGCUGGGGAGGCCCGGCCGCCCGAGAUCAUCUUUGGCUCCAGCUUUCCCCAGGACCAGGAGUACACCCAGAUCUGCAGGAACAUCAACCGGGUGAAGAUCUGCAUGGAGACGGGCCGCACCGUGGUGCUGCUCAACCUGCAGAACCUGUACGAGAGCCUGUACGACGCGCUCAACCAGUACUACGUCUACCUCGGGGGCCAGAAGUAUGUGGACCUGGGCCUGGGCACGCACCGCGUCAAGUGCCGCGUCCACGCCGACUUCCGGCUGGUCGUCAUCGAGGAGAAGGACGUGGUGUACACGCAGUUCCCGGUGCCGCUCAUCAACCGGCUGGAGAAGCACUACCUGGACGUCCAGACCGUGCUGGAGGGCUGGCAGAAGGACGUCGUGCGUGAGCUGGCCGCCUGGGCGCGGGACUUCGCGGAGGUGAGGAGCCAGCAGUUCACGGCCAGGCACGGGUACCGCGCCGAGGACGUCUUUGUCGGCUACCACUCGGACGCCUGCGGCUCCGUGGUGCUACAGGCCACGGAGCGGCAGCGCCCCGGGGACCUGGCCGCCGAGGAGCUGCACGACCGGGUGCUGGAGGCCGCCAAGCUGGUGCUGCUGGACUGCGCCACGCCGGACGCCGUGGUGCGCCUGGGCGCCUGCGCGCUGGACGCCCACACCGCCCAGCGGCUGGCGGCGAGCUACUACCACGCGCAGCAGCACGACUCCUUCGCGGACUUCCUGCAGGCUCACCUGCGCACCGCACGCCCGGGGCCCCGCGCCGCCCUCACCGAGGUCACGACUUUCUCCAGGCUGCUCACAAGUCACGACUGCGAGGCCUUAGCGGCGGAGCUGCAGGGGCUGGCCUCGAGGCCCACGCUGCUGUGCCUGCAGCAGUUCGACACGGAGAGCUCGUUCCUCAGGGAAGUCAGAAACUGCCUAACGAGCCCGGCGGGGAACAAAAUUCUCAUCAUCCAGAUCGACUUCGACGACAGCACGCAAGGCGCCCGGCUGCUCGCCUCGGCAAAAUAUUCUGCCAUCAACGAGAUCAACAAAAUAGAAGAGACGGGGGACCGGAUAUUCGUUUAUUUCAUCACAAAACUGUCCCGGAUGGGAAGCGGGCUGCCCUAUGUGGGGUUCCAUGGAGGGCCGUGGCGGUCUGUGCACAUCGACGACCUCCGGAGGUGCACGCUCAUGGCCUCGGAUGUGACGAAGCUUCAGAGUGUCACCAUCAGCCAGCUGUUCCGGCCAGGAGACGGCCCCGUGCCCAAGCCGAGAGAGGAAGGCGACCAGGAGAACGGCGUGGACAUGGACAGCGCCGCGUCAGGGGCGGUGUGCGGGACCGAGCCGGAGUCGGGGGGCCCCGAGGCGAUGGAGUGGGCGGCCUCCGGCCCAGGAGAGGCUGAGGUGCUGGACACCACGCGGCUGCUGCGGGGCUGCGUGCCGGGCGCGGUGGGCAUGCUCAGGGACCGCGACGAGCGCGGCUCCCGCAACAUGAGGAGGGUCGCCAUCCUCCUGGGCCUCCUGGACGGCGAGCCGGGAGCCGACGCCGCUUUCUUGCGAGUGUGCAAGAUGCGCCUUCAUGUUCUUCUCCACAAGCAAGAGGAGAACCUGCCCCCCGGCCUGAAGGCGUGGGUCUCCAGGGAGGCGGCGAAUCAGGACGCCCUCCAGGAGGCGGGCACGUUCAGGCACACCCUUUGGAAGCGGGUGCAAGGCGCGGUCACCCCCCUGCUGGCCAGCAUGAUAGCGAUCACGGACCGCGACGGCAACCUGGAGCUGCUGACCAGGCCCGCCUUGCCCGCCUGGGUGCCGGAACUCUGGAUGUUUAUCUUCAGUGAUGUGAAUUUCCUGAACAUUCCUCUCGUGGUGAAUAACACGGCACACCAAGGUGAGGUGCCGCCCAUCGUGGUGCAGAGUGACAUGGGGCUUCCCGAGCACGCGUCCAACAGCGUCCCGUUCAGCUGGAGAAUCAAGGACUAUGUGGAAGAGCUGUGGAUCCAGGCUCAGUAUAUCAGCGAUGCUGACGGAUCCUCUCGGAAGUUGGUGGAAAUCUUCCAGAAGACUCCCCUGGGCAGGUUUCUCACUCGGCUCCCUGCAGAACAGCAAGAGGAACUCAUGGAGGACUACGCAAAGGACUUCCUGCUCUUGACCAGAAGGGUGUCCAGCCGCCAGGAGCUCAGGCUCCUGCAGAUGGCCCUGCUGUCCUGCACCAACGACCUGCGCGCGGCGGGCGAGCUGCCGGAGGCGCCGCCCUCCUUGCCGUGGGUGCACCUCGCCCACCGGCGCUUCCGGCCUCGGCUGCAGACCCUCGCCUGCAUCCUGAGCAUCUGCCCGCGGCUGCCGCAGAGCCUCGCCCGGUACGACGAGAACUUCCGGCACGUCGCUACGCAUCGGCUGAUACUGGACGCGUCUGCGGCGAUGGGCUGCGUGCGGGAGCUGGAGGAGCUCCUGAGGCCGAGCCCCGAGGCCUGGCUGCGGCUGGUCAAGAGCCUGUCCGUGCCGCUGGAGCUGGCGUGCUCCGACGCGUACGUGCGGGACUGCUGGGCCCAGGCCGCCGCGAUCCUCCGGGACGCCAGAACCUCCUGGAACCGCAUCUACUCCGUGGCACUCUUCGUGGAGCACGUGCUUCUGGAGACGGAACGCCAGCUUCCCGAGCUCGGCCCGCUGGUCAGGGAGUCCGUCCUGAUCCUAGACAGGUGUCUGCAGGACAACUCUGACAUGAAGACCUACGAGCCUUUCGCGGCGGUGACGAACAUGCUUCGCGACUGCAAGGACACUUGCUUAGCCCGGUUUGGCCUGCAGCCGUGCGUCUUCUGCCUGGGGGACCCGCGGGACCCCGUGUGCCUGCCCUGCGGCCAUGUGUACUGCCUGCCCUGCAUCCGGAGCUGGCUGGUCCCCGGGCAGCUGCAGUGCCCAGACUGCCUGACCGACCUGCCCGACGACUUCUCCCUGACGGUCUCCCAGGAGCACAGGAUCGCCAUUGAGAAGCACGCGCGGUUCCGGCACCUGUGCAACUGCUUCUUCGUGGACCUGGUCUCCACCAUGUGCUUCAAGGAUGGCGCUCCCCCCGAGAAGAAGGUGGUCGACAGCCUGCUGUCCUUGCUCUUCGCACAGAAGCAGCUCCCGCGUGAGGCUCCCCAAAGACAGCGGGAGCACACCAAGUGCCUCUCCCCAUUCAACGACGUGGUGGACCGGACGCCGGUCAUCCGCUCCGUGGUCCUGAAGCUGCUUCUGAAGUACAGCUUCCGGGAAGUUAGAGAUUACAUUCAGAAUUACCUGUCCCAGUUAGAGAAGAAGGCAUUCCUGGCUGAAGACAAAACCGAGCUGUAUUUACUCUUCAUCAGCUGUCUGGAGGACUCCAUGCACGAGAAGACAAGUGCUUUGUCCAAAAGCAACGAGCUGAGCCACCUGAGAGAGGAAGGCCAUUUUCUUUCGACGUAUUUCCCCGGGGGAGGAGACCCCGAAGCGGCCCCCCCGGCCUCGGUGGGGUACCUGCAGGAGGUGGCCAGGAUCCGGCUGUGUCUGGACAAGGCUUCCGACUUCCUCUCGGAGCAUCAGGAGGGCGGAGAGCUGGCCGAGGGCAAGCGACGCUUCCUGCGCCAGGUCGAGCGGUUCUGCACCCGCACCGGGAACGACUGGCACCGCGUGUACCUGCUGCGGAGGCUGUGCAGCCAGCGCGGCCUGGGCUUCCUGCAGGGCCUGACCCGGCGGGGCCACCCGCUCCGGUGGGUGCUCCCCCCACCCGUGCUCGCGGAGCAGGAUACUCAGGGCCAGAUGGAUGCGUUCCUGGUCCACGGGGAGGAGUACAAGGCUCUUCGUGACGCGGUGGGCAAAGCCAUGCUCGAGUGCAAGACCGUGGACGUGGGACGGACGCUCAAGGCCUCUAGGAGCCCCAGAACUCGGCAGGCCGCCCUGCUGCUGCUGGCGCUGUACCGGGAGGUGGCCGCCCUGCACCGCUCCCCGAAGCCCAGCCUCCGCCCCAGCCCCGAGCAAUGUGAGGCUAUGAGCAGAUUCAUCACGGAGAGCAAGCUCCUGGCUUCUCAGGAAGUCAGGCGCUUUGCCACAUCCCUCGUGGACAGUACGCUGCCCCUGCUGAGGACAGGGCCCGGUGACAGCGGCCUCGAAGGGACAGUGAUAGAAAUGGCCAUUCACACCGCCUCGGUCCUUCUCUGCGGGCAAAACAAAGCACUGGAACCCUUGAAGAACCUGGCCUUCUCCCCGGACAAGAUGGUGGAUGCUUUCCUUCCAACCAUGCCUGAAGACCUGCUGGCUCAGGCGCAGCACUGGAUGGCCCUGCAGCAAGUCAAGUGGUACACCUGUCCCAAUGGCCACCCGUGCUCUGUCGGAGAGUGCGGCCAGCCAAUGGAGCAGAGCAAGUGCCCGGACUGCGGAGCUCUGGUCGGAGGCAUCGACCACAGGCCUAACCCCGGCUUUGAGGUGAUCGGGGACCACGUUGCAGACAGGACUCAGACUGGCCACGUGUUAGGAGCCCCGCAACCCGCUAGUGUGGCCGUGGCAUCUGAUAGACCGCUGUCUCCUGUGGUCUUCCUCCUGCUCCGCUUACUCACUCACCUCACUAUGUUUUGGGGAGCUGCCCAGAGCCCGCAGGCGGUGUUCCGCAUCAUCAAGCCUCCGGUGAGGGACCCCCAGGGCUUCCUGCAGCAGCACAUCCUCAGGGACCUGGAGCGCCUUGCCAAGACGCUGGGCAAGGGCGCCGACGAGACCACCCACGCCGUGCACGCGCUGCUGGGCAGCCUCCUCGGGGAGCCGCGCCCCGCCUCCCGCCUGAGGCCAUUAGAUUUUGAUGCAACAUGGUCAACCAAAGGACAGAGGAACAAUUGGGAAAAAUACAUUGAAGCUCUUCUUCUACCUGAGCUGAACCAUCUCGAUAAAACCCUGCUGGAUGUGCGUGAUAUCAUCAGCCAAGAUGAGCGGAUCAGCUCUGACCCUGUGGCUAAAAUCAUAUAUGGAGACCCAGCCACCUUCCUGCCCCACCUGCCCCGGAAAAGUGUGGUUCACUGCUCCAAGAUCUGGAGGUGCAGGAAGAAGAUCACCGUUGAGUAUCUCCAGCACAUUGUGGAACAGAAAAAUGGCCAAGAAGCAGUGCCGCUCCUCUGGCAUUUCCUCCAGAAGGAAGCAGAACUGAGGCUGGUGAAGUUCUUGCCCGAGAUUUUGGCUCUGCAGAGGGAUCUGGUGAAACAAUUCCAGAAUAUUCCAGAAGUGGAAUUCUGUUCCAUCCGAGGCUUUAUUAGCAGUCACAGUUCAGAUGGGCUGCAGCAGCUCUUCCACCGCCGGGUCGCCGUCUUCCUGUCCACGUGGAACGCGCUGAGGCGCUCCCUGGAGACCCACGGGGAAAUCAAGCUCCCCACGGACUACUGCCGCGCUGACCUGGACCUGGACAGCGAGUUCGAGGUCAUCCUGCCCCGGCCCCGGGGCCCCGGCCUCUGUUCCACUGCCUUAGUCCGCUACUUGAUUCGCCUCCACAACGAAAUCAUCUACUCCGCGGAGAAGUUCUCCAAGGAGAACAACAGCUACUGCGUGGACGCCUCGGAGGUGGCCGACCUGCACGUCAUCACGUACGACGUGGAGCGGGACCUGAUGCCCGUGAUCCUCGCCAACUGCCAGUACCAGGUGCAGCAGGGCGGGGAGACCCUGCAGGACUUCGACCUGGAGAAGAUCCAGCGGCAGAUCCGCAGCCGCCUCCUGCAGGGCAAGCCCCGGCUCACGCUCAGGGGGAUCCCCACGCUGGUAUACAGGCAUGACUGGAACUAUGAACAUCUCUUCAUGGACAUCAAGCACAAAAUGGAACAGCACCCGCUCCCCAGCUCCGCCACCAGCGCCAUCGGUGGGCAGCUGCAGUCCUACAGCGACGCCUGCGAAGCACUGUCUGUCGUCGAAGUGACUCUGGGCUUCCUGAGCACGGCUGGAGGAGACCCCACAAUGCAGCUGGACAAGUACGUCCAGGACGUCCUGCGCAUGGGGGACCAGAUGAGCCCCGUCCUGAAGGCCCUGAGCAGAUGCCAGCUGAGACACGCCGUCGCCCUCUGGCAGUUCCUCUCCGCGUAUAAGUCAGAGCAGCUCCUGCGCCUGAAGAGAGAGCCCUUCCGGGACUUCAGUCAGCAGUACAAAGCAGACCUCAGCCCAGAGCACGCCAGGCUCCUCCGGGCCUUCCUGAACCUUCCGGGCCUGGAUGCCUUCCUCCUGGAGCUGCACGAGAUGAUGGUGCUGAAACUCAGGGGCGCCCAGAGCCACAGCAGCUUCAACCCCGACUGGAGUCUGAGGGACACUCUGGUAAGUUACAUGGAGACGAAAGAGAGUGAAGGCCUUCCAGAAGUGGCCUCCCAGUUCCCAGAGGAGAUCACCAUGUCCAACUGCAUCUCCGUGUGGAAAGCAGCGGCCGCCAGGAAGCAGGAGCGGCAAGGGCGGUAGCACGGCUCCCCCUCCCUUCCCGUCAGCCUGGAUCCCACAGGGACUGUGGCUGCCCGUGCUCGGGAGAGGGCCGGCGCAGCACGGGCUCGGGGCAGCAUGCCCGGACGAGCACACAGCUGUUCCUGAAACACGCAUCUUCUGAGACCUGUGCGUCAGGAGCUGAGAGGAAGAAUGACGCUGGAAAGCAACGACCUCCUGUGCUUCCCAGGAGGCAAAGCCGUGCUGCGGUCAAGGUCCCACCGGCACGCGUGCCUCCAGCCCGCCUGCCGCCUACCUCGUGACCGCUAGGGACGUGCGUCUUCCUUACAUCAUCACUAUUGGGAGGGAGAAAGCUCAGGACUACUCAUCUCCCUUCUACUGUUUGUGCAUACCUGCGCACACGCACUUGUGCAUACACACACACACAAUCUCGUUUUCUUCUCAGUUCUUUAACUUGAUACUGUCCAUAUUUCUUGGUUUCAAAAAAAAUAUGAAAACGUGGUCCUUGCCUCCCAUCUUCUCACUAACCCAAAGAAAGCCAGGUGUCUACAACACUUCUUAAAGCCCCAUGAACAAGGGCUGAGCCGGGCCUCACAAAUAAACCACUGCCAAGGUCCUCAGGACCAGAGCCAAGUGCCAGGAGGAGCCUGGCCUAGCGUUAGGGGUGUUCUCAGUCUUCGCUUCCCUUGGAUAAAAUGCACAGGUGCACUGGCCGCCAAAGCUCCUUCCAACUCCAGGUCUUGAGAUUCUAAAGGAAAGCUUACCAACGUCAACUCUGACUGAAGGCGUGUCUGGGCAGUGCUGUAGGGCACUGUCUAGCACAGUAAGCACAGUCUUGGUUAUGUCUCAGCAUCCCAAGUUUAUGGCUAUCUGGUCUGAAUCACAACCAAGGAUGUGACUUGAAGUACAACGUCGUUUACAUUUCUGAAGGAAAAGAGCCCCCCUUGACCUUUUCUCAUAACCACUGUCUCUUGUCAAGUUUACGUGGAUAUCCUUGAUGUGUCUGGACUAACUCAUGUGCCUGACAGCCCCGCCCUAGUUCAUAGCGAGAUCAGGACAACCAGUGUGGCUGGAAGUGACACUCACAUUUCCUUCACAUACUUUUGAAAUGCGUUAAGAACUCAACCACUCUCAGGCCCAUCUACUAAAUUAUUUUUUUGCCAGUCCUGGGGCUUGAACUCGGGAUAUGAGGAACUUCUUUUGCUCAAGACUACCACUCUACCACUUGAGUCACAGCGUCACUUCCAGCUUUUUCUGUUUAUGUGGUACCGAGGAAUCAAACCCAGGGCUUCAUGCAUGCUAGGCAAGCACUCUACCACUAGGCCACAUUCACCCACUAUUAUUUUUUAAAAGAUGUUUCAUUUUAAUAUGUUUUGCUUCAAAGCCUUAACUAUGAUAUCUAGCAUAACUAUACUUGCCAUGUUUUAAUAAACUUGAAUUUUGAUGAAAAGGAAUACUCUGUGGCCAGAACUUUAAUUUAUGGCACAAAGACCUCGGUUGGGCAUUUGAGAAUGAUUUUGGUUUUCUAUGGAAAUGUUCUUGCAGGAUUAUUGUAUCCAUGAAGUAUAGGAUUCAGAACACAAAAUGUAUGCCACUGUUUAGACUGUAAACCUUUUCCCUGGACAGCAC